UAGCUGAAGACACUUCUGUGACAUCUGAUGUAUCUGAAUUUUGUACGGUAAACUAUUCAGUUCAUUCAAUGAAUUACUCUCAGUUUCCCUUAAACGACUCGUCGUAUAUUCUUGUGUAAAAGGCAAACCUGCCGCCAGGUUCAAACGGUAUUCAAAGUUUCAAUCUGAGCAAGCCAACACUCAAAGCCCCCAGUAAUGGCUUCAGCUUCCACCUUCCUCUCACACCCAAACCCUCACACAAACGACGCCGUAUUCUCUUCCCGGAAUCGCUUCCACUCCUUCCGCCGCUUCGCCUCUCAAUCAAACGCCAAAUUCAAAUCGAAACCGAUUUCAUUCUCCGCCUCCGCAACCCGACCCGAACCCGCUCGCUCUUCGGUUUCGGAACCGGUAUCCGCAUCCCAAACAUUCGAUGUUUUGAUCAUCGGAGCCGGAAUAAUCGGGUUGACCAUAGCCCGGCAGUUCCUAAUCGGGUCGGACCUGUCCGUCGCCGUAAUCGACAAGGCUGUCCCCUGCUCUGGUGCUACCGGCGCCGGCCAAGGCUAUAUAUGGAUGGCACACAAAACACCAAGCAGCGAGCUUUGGGAGCUGGGGCUGAGAAGCCAGAAGCUUUGGGAGGAGUUGGCUGAGAGUUUAGUUCAGAAAGGGCUGGACCCUAUAAAAGAACUGGGCUGGAAGAAAACAGGAAGCAUGCUGGUUGGUAGAGGUGCUGAGGAGUUAGAGGUGUUAAAAAGGAGAGUGGAGCAGCAAUGUGGAGCUGGGAUAAGAGCAGAGUACUUGUCAGCCGGUGACUUGCGUGUGAAGGAACCUGAAUUGAGGGUUGAUAAGGAUACUGGGGCUGCCUUUCUGCCUGAUGAUUCCCAGCUGGAUGCUCAUCGUGCCGUUGAGUUUCUUGAAAAGGGUAAUAGGCUUUAUUCAUCAGAGGGCCGAUAUGCUGAGUUUUAUAACGAUCCAGUGAUGAGUUUGUUGAGAUCUGGUGGAAGUAAGGAGGUUGAGGCUAUCAAGACUUCCAGGACUAUGUUGCACUGUAGAAAGGCCAUUGUGGUGGCAGCUGGUUGUUGGAGUGGAUCAUUGAUGCAUGACCUGAUUAGAGAAUCAGAAAUUGUACUGGACGUCCCUGUCAAACCACGAAAGGGUCACCUUCUAGUGCUUGAGAAUUUUAAUUCCUUUCAAGUCAACCAUGGUCUGAUGGAGGUGGGAUAUGUUGAUCAUCAAACUACAGUUCCACAUCCUAACAUAUUGUCUCCCGGCUUGCUUGAUCAGACCUUGUCUGUUUCAAUGACAGCCACUAUGGAUACAGUGGGGAACAUUGUUCUUGGGAGCAGCCGCCAAUUUGCUGGGUUCUGCACUGAAGUGGAAGAAACCAUUCUCAGUCGUAUAUGGGACCGAGCUGGAGAAUUCUUUCCUAAAUUGAGAGAGAAGCCCCUUUCAGAUUUCAGUAAGAGCAGAGAAGUUAGAGUAGGAUUACGACCUUACAUGCCUGAUGGGAAGCCAGUCAUCGGGGCUGUGCCAGGUCUGCCAAACUUGUUCCUUGCCACUGGGCAUGAAGGGGGAGGACUUUCUAUGGCUCUUGGAACUGCUGAAAUGCUUGUAGAUAUGGUGCUAGGCAAUGCUGAGAAGAUUAAUUCUGCACCUUUUGCUCCUCAUGGUCGAUGUUGA